AUGGCUAUCAUCCCGCCAGGCGACCACAAGGCAUAUAUGCGGCUUGCCCUUGAGCAGGCGCAGAAAUCGCCACCAAAGCCAACAAACUAUCGCGUUGGAGCGGUCUUGGUCGACUCAGCAGCAAAUAAAAUUCUAGCUACUGGCUUCACACUUGAGCUUCCAGGAAACACGCAUGCGGAGCAAUGCUGCUUUUUGAAGUUGGCAGAGAAGCAUGGAGUUGCUGAAGAAAAUCUCAACAAUGUCCUACCUUCAAACCUGGCGCUGUACACGACGGUUGAGCCCUGUUCGAAGCGCUUGAGCGGAAAUCUACCCUGCGUUGAGAGAGUGCUGCGACUGGCCGGGGCUAUCCGGACCGUGUACGUUGGCAUCAUGGAGCCAGAGACAUUCGUUGCCGAGAAUACGGGGAAGAAGAGCCUUCAAGACGCAGGGAUUUCCGUCGUUCAUGUCCAAGGCCUUGAAAAGGAGAUCCUAGAGGUUGCCACUGCUGGACAUACCAAGGCCUGA